AUGUUUGAUCUCAGCGAAGAACUCUUUCUCAGGCUUGCGUGCGAGACACCGCUCCCUGUUAGCAGCAGUCCCACCAGUCACCGGCCAGACAAACCCCUCCUUACGAAACCUUACACUCGCGCCCAAGCAAAAGCUGCACAGCAAGCUAGUCCUCUUUUCAGCCUUCUUGUACAAUCUCCUACGCCCGACAAGAAACGUAGUCGCAAGCUUGAUUUCGAUAUCUUCAUUGACGCCAAUGCUGUGAACACUCUGCAGCCUCCAUCCCAGAAGAAACCCAGACCAAACGCACGCAUUCCGCUUUCCGUCAAAACAGAUUUAGCCAACGACACUUCACUUCCUUCCCCACGCAAACCCGACAGACCCUUCGUAUACUCGCGCUCAGACCCGCUUUGGGCUAACGUUGAGAACUACGAUCCUCGCCCUCACUACAUGACGCCUCCUCCUACGCCAGGUGGUUCCUCAUCUACUUCAGGUAGUUCUUCAACGAUGCCAGGGGGCCAUUCGCCUACAACACCGCCAUCACCGUUCUCUCCUCCACGUCACUCUACUCGUGCAUUCCGAGCUCGCCGAACUUCAUCCACGAACGUACUGCCACCACCCAAGGACAAGACCCUCUACACUGCUCUGAACCUCGACAACUGGAAGGCGACCGAAGCUCAGAUCAGGAACGCGUAUCGAAAAGUAGCCGUCGAAUAUCAUCCUGACAAGGCCGCUGAAGGGGAGAGAGAAACCGCUACGCAAAUGAUGCAGAACGUCAAUGCUGCAAAGGAGGUGCUCCUUGAUGCAAAACGUCGCAAAGCAUAUCACUUGAAUGGAAAACUUCCCUGGACUACGUGA